AUUCUGUCCAUCUCAUUUGAUGACUAACUAAAGGAUAGGUCAUAGGAUACACAGUUCCUCGGUGUUGCCAUACACUCACGUUCUCUUCCAUGGAUACCGUGGUUCUCUACUCGGUCACCAGCAUCAGCCACCUUGCGCCCAUGACCGAGUUCGCCAAGCUCCUCGUCGCCCAAGGCUUCUCCGUUGCCAUCCCUGUCCUUCCACCUAUGCACCCCUCGGUUUCCACUUCCACUACCGACGACUACAUCACUCGCAUUUCCUACUCCCACCCUUCCAUCUCCUUCCACCGCCUCCCACCCUUCACAACCAACUGCUCCUCCACGAACUUCGCCGUCCGGCUCUUCUCCUAUGUCCGCUCCGCCAACCCUCUUCUGUGUGAACUCCUGCAGUCUAUCUCACAGACAUCCAACGUCCGUGCGAUCCUUACGGACUUCUUCUGCACCGACGCCUUCGAGAUUGCCGCUGAUCUUAAUCUCCCAGCCUACGUCUUUAUCACCUGCAGCGCCUUCAUGCUUGCUUAUUUCCUCUACCGCCCCACCUUACACAGCGAGAUGACAUCCGGCCUCAGUGAACUUGGAGAAACUCCAAUCCACAUCCCUGGCUUACCACCCAUCCCAGCCUCUCAUAUGCCAGAUGUGCUAGAUCGGAACGAGGGAUUGCAGGCCUUUGUUGAUGCAUUCUCACACAUCCCAGAAGCCAAAGGUGUCAUCGUCAACUCAUUCGAGAUUCUGGAGUCCAGAACACUGAAGACAGUGCGCGAAGGUCAUUGUCUCCCGAACAGAGAUACACCACCAGUGUAUUGUGUGGGGCCGUUGACCACUGGAAGUGAAGCAGGAGGAGAAGCAGGAGAGAGACACGAGUGUUUAACAUGGCUCGACAAGCAACCCAGAGGGAGUGUUUUGUUCCUGUGCUUCGGGAGCAGGGGACGCUUCCCGGCGGAGCAAGUGAAGGAGAUCGCGUUGGGACUGGAGAGAAGCGAGCAGAGGUUUCUCUGGGUUGUGCGAAGCCCACCUGAUCCGGAUAAUUGGUUCGCGAGUUCUAACGAGGUAGAUCUUGACACACUUCUCCCUGUUGGGUUCCUGGAGCGAACAGAGGAUAGGGGAAUGGUGGUGAAAGCGUGGGCGCCGCAAGAGGAGGUGCUGAACCACGAGGCCACGGGUGGCUUCGUGACACACUGCGGGUGGAACUCGGUGCUGGAGGGGGUGCGCGCCGGCGUGGGGAUGAUAGCGUGGCCGUUGUAUGCGGAGCAGAAGAUGAACAAAGUGUUGCUGGUGGAGGAGAUGAAGCUGGCGGUAGAGAUGAAGGGUUAUGAUAAGGAAAUGGUGGCGGCGGAAGAGGUGGAAACUCGCGUGAGGUGGUUUAUGGAGUCCGACGGCGGGAAGAAGUUGAGGGACCGGGCCAAGGAGAUGAAGGACAGCGCGGCGGCGGCGCUCAGCCAUGGGGGAUCGUCACAUGCUGCCAUGGUGGAGUUGCUGUCAAAUAUUAGUAAUUAAUGGGAUCUAUAGUGACUGGCUGAGCUUUUCAUUGUCAAGUGUCUCCGUGAGACAUCGGCGGAGUUGAAUCUAGGCCACUCUUGUUUACGUUUUUUAUUCCGCAUCUUUGUCUGUUUGUUGCAAACUUGCAAUGGUGUCAUUGUCAACUCA